CCGUUUCCUGAGGUUUCAUCAUUCUGUAGUGCUCCAUGCUUCGGGGGGUAGCAUCACUGCUGAGGGUUAGUACCGGGACUCUGGCCGGCCUCUUCGCUCCCAGGACCAAAGCUGAGCCGCAUCUUAUCAGACCAUUCUACCUGUCCGUCUGCUUGAGUAAGAGAAAUAAGAAAACUAGUUGGUCAGAGCUACCCAGAGGACAAAAGAUGGAUGGGAACAUCGAGGAGAUUCUUGCUCCGCUGAGACAGGCGGUGAAGGAACAGGGCGAGCUCGUGCGCCAGAUGAAAGCGGAGAACGCCCCGGGCGUUGACGUCACCAAAGCAGUGGCGGAGCUGAGGGCGCGCAAAAGGCUCCUUGAAGCCAAGGAGCUUUCUCUGCAGCCCAAAGACGAUAUAGUGGACAGAACUAAGAUGGAGGACACGCUGAAGAGACGAUUCUUCUAUGACCAAGCGUUUGCCAUUUAUGGGGGUGUGAGCGGCCUGUAUGACUUUGGCCCGGUUGGGUGCAUGCUGAAGAACAAUGUUGUACAGAGCUGGAGGCAGCACUUCAUCCACGAGGAGCAGAUUCUGGAGAUCGACUGCACCAUGCUUACUCCCGAACCUGUGCUCAAGACAUCUGGGCAUGUGGACAAAUUUGCAGACUACAUGGUGAAGGAUGUAAAGAAUGGCGAAUGCUUCCGUGCUGACCACCUCUUGAAAGCUCAUCUUCAGAAACUGAUGAGUGACAAGAAGUGUACAGCAGAAAAGAAGAGUGAAAUGGAGUCUGUCAUCACUCAGAUGGACAACUACUCUCAGCAGGAGCUCACCGAUCUAUUUGUGCAAUACAACGUGAAGUCACCCAGCACAGGAAAUGACCUCACACCACCCAUCUCAUUCAACCUGAUGUUCCAGACCUCCAUUGGUCCAGGGGGGAACAUGCCAGGCUAUCUGAGGCCUGAAACAGCUCAGGGAAUCUUCCUCAACUUCAAACGUCUGUUGGAGUUUAACCAGGGUAGGCUGCCGUUCGCUGCCGCCCAGAUCGGAAACUCCUUCAGGAACGAGAUCUCUCCUCGCUCCGGCCUUAUCCGCGUCAGAGAGUUUACAAUGGCUGAGAUCGAGCACUUUGUUGAUCCGAAUGAAAAGGUGCAUUCCAAAUUCUCCAACGUGGCUGAUCUGGAGAUUUCGCUGUACUCUUCCAAAGCGCAGACCAGUGGACAGUCAGCCCAUAUCAUGAAGCUCGGGGAUGCAGUGGAACAGGGAAUCAUCAACAACUCAGUCCUAGGCUACUUCAUUGGUAGGAUCUACCUCUACCUGAUCAAAGUGGGUGUGGCCAAAGACAAACUGCGCUUUCGGCAGCACAUGGACAACGAGAUGGCCCAUUACGCCUGUGACUGUUGGGAUGCUGAAGCCAAAACCUCCUAUGGCUGGAUCGAGAUUGUGGGUUGCGCUGACCGCUCCUGUUAUGAUCUGCUCUGCCAUGCGCGGGCCACCAGGGUCCCGCUGGUGGCUGAGAAACCUCUGAAGGAACCCAAAGUUGUAAAUGUUGUCCAGUUUGAGCCAAACAAAGGCGCUAUCGGCAAGGCGUAUAAAAAAGAUGCCAAGCUGGUCAUGGAAUUCCUUGCUGCCUGUGAUGAGUGCUACAUCACAGACCAGGAGAAACUGCUCAGUGAGAAUGGCGAGUUUACUGUCGAGACUGAUGGCAAAACCUUCACCCUCAAGAAGGACAUGGUGAGCAUCAAGAGGUUCCAGAAGACCUUACACGUCGAAGACGUCGUCCCCAACGUUAUAGAGCCUUCCUUUGGAAUCGGCAGGAUCAUGUACUGCGUAUUUGAGCACACAUUCCGUAUCAGGGAAGGCGACGAGCAAAGAACGUAUUUCAGCUUCCCAGCCACUGUAGCCCCCUACAAGUGUUCUGUUCUGCCACUGAGUCAGAAUCAGGAGUUUAUGCCAUUCGUACGCGAACUCUCUGAAGCCAUGACCAAAAACGGUGUGUCCCACAAGGUGGACGACUCCUCAGGCUCCAUCGGGAGGCGCUACGCCAGGACGGAUGAAAUAGGCGUGGCCUUCGGUAUCACGAUUGACUUCGACACAGUCAACAAGACCCCCCACACGGCCACUCUUAGGGAUCGGGACUCCAUGAGGCAGAUCAGAGCAGAGAUUGGUGAGCUGCCUGAGGUCAUCCGAGACCUUGCCAAUGGCGUCACCACAUGGGCUGAAGUGGAGAGCAAGUACCCCAUCUUUGAAGGCCAGGAAACUACCAAGAAGGACGCAGUGGAAGAGUAAACCUACCCUGGGCACGGGACACCCUUGGACACUUUUACCUUUUUGCACCUAUAGGAACAACAGCUCGUACCAUACAAACGAUCAGUGUGCACCAGGCACUCUGUGACCCACACAGAGACCCUCAUCAAGGCAUUUAUGUGUAGUCUUUAUACCAUCAAAGAGGCAAAAUGAACAGUUGGAAACUGCUGCCAACAGUACUCAGAGAACUUGUGUGGGAGACACCGUUUUAAAAGGCAUGACUGUAAUGUGGUUACUGUGGAAUGGAGAAGUUUUCUCCAUUGAGGCAAGCGGGGUAGCUAAAGACAUGAAAUGCAUCUUCAGUUCAAUAAACCAAGCCAGCUUUUUCUGGACCUAUAACAACUGAGUCUUAUGAAUGACCUGUUGAUAACAUUAAAACAUCAGUACAAGUUUAAAUGAAUUAGAUGUUGCCCAAAUCCAAUAAAGAUUCUUAAUGGAUGUUAAUGUGGAUUCAGGACUAAAAGAGCUAUGCUGUAGAGAUACUCACUUAAAAAUCUUGACGCUCAUUAGCAGAAGUUGAUGAUUGCUGAGACUGUGUUCAUAAGCUGCUUAUCAUUUUAUAAAGCUUGCAAAUCUCUUUAGAAUUUAUCUGAUCUACUCGAAUCUAACCUAUAAGGCAGGACUGAGGUUGCUCAGGUGCUCAGAGGGGCAGUUGGGAAUGUGUCCCCUGGGCUACAGGAGCAGCUCCUAUAGCUUGCAAGCAAUACAGUAGACAACUCCUGUUGUAGCGUAUGAGGAGAAAUGAGGGAGGGUUGAUCCUUUUGUGAUAGUUAAUAAAGUUUGCAUGUAAAACAUCUAGGUUGGUUGCAGGCCACCUUACCAGUUAUCUGAAUGG